AUGUGGGACUAUUUGAAGGGGCGAUAUGUUCAGAACAGUGGUGCUCUUCUCCUUACUCUCAUGCAAGGCCUUCAUGAGCUUCAGCGGAAUGAGAUGUCCAUAGAAGAAUACUACACCGCUUUUGAUCGUGUUAUGGGACCUUUUCUCUCCAUGGUUCCAAAGAUCGUCGCACCGGGAUUGUACAUGGGACUGGCCAUCGCCGUAGAGGUUCUCCUAGCCUCUAUGUUCUCGACACCUUGCGCCUUCCUCACCCUACUGCUCUGUCCUGGUGAGAUUUCUUUUGGUACUCCUCCUAACUAUGACCACCUUCGCAUUUUUGGCUGCACAUGUUAUGUUUUACUUGCACCUUGUGAGCGUACUAAGCUGACUGCUCAGUCAGUUGAGUGUGUUUUUCUGGGGUAUAGUCCUAAGCAUAAGGGUUAUCGUUGUUAUGACCCCUCUUCUCAUCGUAUUCGUAUAUCUCGUGAUGUCACUUUCGUUGAAGAUCGUCCUUUCUUUUAUAAUCCUUCUACUCAGCCAUCCCAUCGUUGUACUGAGUCAACAACCUUUACAUGUCUUCCACCUAUACUCAGUGAUGUUGCCACUCCUACACCACCCGUGUCUUCUAGCCCACCCAACACUCUUGUGUCUCCUCCUGAUACUGUUGAAACUACUCCACCUACUCAUGUCGACCCUCCACCUUCCAGUGUCGAUCCUCCACCAUUAGAUCUUCCUGAACCUCCAUCUUGUCAACCACCUGUCCUGAAAUACUACACUCGUCGUCCCCGGGUCCCCACACCCACUUCCUCGGCCAGUCCUAAUCCUCCCGAUGUUGAUACUUCUGUUAAUACUGAUGAGUCAUGUGCUUUUUCUGAUGAGUCACAGGGUGGUCCGAGAUAUAAUCUACAAGAUCAUGCUACUAUUGGGCAUGCUGACAAGUAUGGUUUUCCUCAUGUCAAUGCUAUUGUGGAAGAGCCAACCACUUAUUGA